GAUAUCCAAGACUUACCCGAGAAUAUCAAGAACCUGCGGGCGUUACAAGUGGCCGACUUCAGUAGCAAUCCAAUUUCAAGGUUACCACCGGGCUUUGUCCAGCUCAAGAACCUGGCGACCCUCGCGCUUAACGACAUGUCCCUUACCAACCUCCCUGAUGACUUUGGCCUUUUAUCGAGUCUGAAAUCGCUUGAGCUGAGGGAGAAUCUUCUUCAAUCCUUACCUGAAUCGCUUUCACAACUGUCAGCACUGGAGAGGCUAGAUCUUGGUGACAAUGAGAUCGAAGAGUUGCCCAGGCAUAUUGGUAAACUUCCUGCUCUCCAAGAAUUAUGGCUAGAUCAUAAUCAAAUCAAACAUUUACCUUCUGAAAUCGGAGAGUUAAAAAAUUUGACCUGCCUUGAUGUAUCCGAGAACAAACUCCUCGAUUUACCUGAUGAAAUAGGAGGCCUUGAUUCCCUCACUGAUCUCCACCUAUCUCAGAACAUGAUAGAGACUCUUCCUGAUGGCGUUGGCUAUCUAAGGAAGUUAACAAUUUUAAAAGUUGAUCAAAACCGUCUUGAAACCCUUAAUCCAAACAUUGGCAAGUGUGAAAACUUGCAAGAGCUUAUUCUGACUGAAAAUUUCCUAGUCGAACUUCCCCUGACCAUUGGUAAUUUGGUCAACUUGACAAACCUCAAUGUAGAUAGGAACAGCCUUCAUUGCAUACCACCUGAAAUAGGCUAGCUAAACUUGGAGUUCUCUCAUUACGGGACAAUAAGCUUCAGUAUAUCCCAUCUGAAGUUGGCAAUUGUAGUCUUCUGCAUGUUUUAGACUUGUCAGGCAAUAGGUUAGAGUAUUUGCCAAUUACAUUGACAAAUCUUGAACUAAAAGCGGUUUGGCUUUCCAAAAACCAGUCGCAGCCGUUGCUUACAUUCCAGCCGGACGUCGAUGAGAGGACCGGUGAGCAGGUCCUCACCUGUUUUCUAUUACCGCAACUAGAACCCCAUCAUGACAUGUCGCAACCUGGCCGAGUGAACAGAGCUUUUGACGGACUGGUUCGGGUGCCAAUAGAGGGCGGUGCACAGAGCGAGGAGGAUGACGAUGGCUGGGAGGAGAGGGAGGCCUCCAGGGCACACUCAGUCAAGUUUACUGAAGAUGUUGAACCAGAAUCAGGAAAAGAGACACCAUUUGUACGUCAGAACACGCCACAUCCCAAAGAGCUCAAGGCCAAAGCUCACAAGCUGUUCAACAAGUCAAAGCUCAGUGACAAUCUCACCGAAGAGGAGGAGCCAAAGCUUAAUGAUUCUAAAGGAAGCUUUAGAAGCGAGCGGCUGAGCUCUGCUGAAAUUGAUGCUAACAGUGACAGGAAUUCUCUCUCCUACUCUGAGAGUACUCUUCCUCGAGAAAAUGAAGUAGUCAAGGAUUCGAACAAGAACAGCGGUGUUAAAGUUGGCAAUGACGUACGAGUAACGAGCGAUUCACCGAGCGAAACAGGACAAAGCGAACUAGAAGAUGAUGAUGAUCAGGAGAGGCACGUAGGUUUUGAGGUUGAUCCUAACACAAACGGAGGUCCACGCCAAACUCGCCUUCACAGGAGAGACACGCCUCACCACCUGAAGAACAAGAGGAUCAACCAGGGAUCGCCUGCUCUCGACAAGGAUAAAGUCGCAGCAAUUAUUGCAAGUGUCAGUAGUCAAAUGCUAUUGCCUGUCUGUUGCUUGGCUCGUCUUCAAUGUUUUCCCCCUUAUUUUAAUGGAAUAUUAACAUCUUUAUUUUAUUAUUUUUUUUUUUUCAUAUUAAUAAAUAAUCUCUUUGCCUGAUUAAUUUUCAUUUGGAAUUACUUAAAAACACAAAGACAUUUAUGAAUAAUAUAUUUAUGUUUAUAUUAAAUUAAAUAAAAGCAACUUCUUUAACAUCAAGAUUGCCUAAAUAACAGGGUUUUCAAACAUUUAUUCAAUAUUACUGUUUUGCCAGAAAUAAUUUAUUACUAAAAAAAAAAUAUUUUUUUUUUUUAUAGUUCAUUUUAGUCUUGGCUUACAUUCAUUGAUAUUGUUUAAAGAAAUUAAAAAUAAAAUUAGUUCAUUUUUUUAAUAAUAUAAAUUUCAAGCAGAAUGAGUUAUGCAUAUUUUGACAUUACAUUUCAUUUAAAAUAAUGCCAAUGUAAUACUUUUUAAUUUUUUUUUAUUCCAAUUUUUUAUAAUACCAAUCACAUCCAUUUUUUUUUUUUUUUUUUUCAACUUUGUAAAGUUUUGUAUGUUUAUUCCUAAUUUGCUUAUUUGUUGCAUUUAUAUAAAAUUGUUUCAUGUGUUCGCCAUUGCCAAAGCUUAUAUGUAUUUAUUUUAUUUAAGGUUAAAUGUUUAUCUAUUUUGUCUUAUGUUAGCUAGAAUGAGCUUAGCUAUUCAUCAUUGCAAAAUAUUCAAAUAAAUUCCAAUGUGAAACAUUGAAAUUCAAAGGUGUGAUUUUUUGCCAAAUGGUCUCCAAACUUAAGUUAAAUUUCAAAAUAUUCAUUAUCUAAGUACUCUUCUUAGUUAAUCAAAAAUCAUUUAUAUCUAUAGUAAUUAUUUUAAAGAAUUAAUCAUUAAUAAUAUACAAAUAUAUAUAUAUAUAUAAUUUUCAAGGAUUAAAUUAAUUUUUCUAUUUCCAUUUUAAUUAGAUUGUUUUAGGCUGAUAGUAUUUUUGUUAAUUUGAAUUUGGUAUUCAAUUUAGACGACUGACUUUUUUUUUAGAAUUCUUAGUGCAUGUACUAUCUUAGUGUUUAUGUUAUAUAUUUUUUUUUUUUUUUUUGUUUUCUCUUUUGAAAUGUAAUACACUGAUUGUGUGAUAUGAUUUAUUAACUUUAUUUAGUAUGGAUUUGAAAAGCAUGAUGUAUUUAUUUUGCUAGUCUUGCUGUGGGUGUUUGAGAUUUUUUAAUCUGAAUUAUUUAUUCUCUGAAAGAUAUUUUAUUAUUAUUUAUCCUAUAAAAACUAUUUUUGUAGGUUUUUCUUCUUUUAAUUUUGACAAUAAAGUAGGUUUAACAUAAUGGUUUUCUCCAAUUAAUUAAAUAAACAGGAUUUAUUAUAUUAGUGUUAGUUUGGGCAUAUAUGUAAGUAUGUAUAUUAAUAUUUAUUUAUUGUUCUUUGGUAUAAUUUUGUUUUUCUUCUUUGUUUUAAGAAUGGAUGUAAUAGAAAGCAUGACUACUAUUUUUGAUUUCGUUGCUGGCUGUGUUAUGUUGAAUUUAGUUGUCCUGAACUAACAUUAUAAACCAUUUUCUAUUACUUAUAUUGUUAGUUAUUUGUAUGCUUACGCAAAUGGUGCUUCAAAUUUAAUUUUGUAUAUUGGUUAAAAGUUGAUUUGAAAUUUUGCUUACAGGCCAUAAACAAGAAGAAAGAGGAUGAAGUGAUUGAAAAGCUGCCUGCCGCACCUGCUCCGCCUCCUAUGAUUCCAAAUAACGGUAAGUGUUGCAAUUUGAUAAGAUAACAGAGCUUUAUCUCCACAUUCCAUAUCAGACAGAUUAGUCACCAUUAUGAGUCUAAAACUGAAAGGAGUUUCUUCACCUGUUAGAGUUAUGUCAAACAAGAAAAAGAAACGUUAUCCACGAAGGCGGUUAAACAUCUAUGUAGCAAGUAUGUUGAUGUUAUACAAUAUCGUUUUUAUGAAUCUGUAUAAACAUUAACUUAGUUUAUCCCGUUUUGCUGUUUAUACCUAAUAUUCCUUGCCUUGCCAAUUUUAUUAUCAAUGCCCUGAAUUUUAAUCCUGGAUUAACUAUAGAUUAUUGGUUUUGAUUGCACUAAAUGCAAGGUUUUACAUCUUUCUUUUUAUAAUUUUUGAGUGAAUUGUUUAAAAAAUUGUUAUUUUCACAAGUAUAUUAUUUUGAAAAUAAACAACAGCUUGAAGUUUUUAUAAUGUUUUUUAAUAUAGAUAAUUAGAAAUAUUUUCUUAUUGUUUUUGCUUUAAUUUCAUAUUUUAUAUUCAAGGUUGUUACCUAUAAUUUGCAUAAACUCCUAAUAUGCAUUCCACUAAUAUGCAUAAUGAUGCUUGUUUAAACUCUUUCAGUAAUAAAUUAACUACUGCUAAAUAUUUAUUAAUAAUUUUAAAAUGGAUUAUUUACUCAAGAAAAAUUAUUUAUUUUGUGAUUUUUAAUUUAUAGUCUAUUAGUGUAUUUUUAAAGAAAUGAGUAAAUAAUUAAAUUGUCAUAAUUAAGGUUGAUUUACAACUUUUAUUUAUUUUUUCAACAUCGAUUUAUAAUACUUUAAACCUUUCUGGCAUACUGCUCCACUUUUUCUGUUAUAUUAGACUGGAAGAUAAGAUAGGAUUCUGUAAACUGUUUAAUAUUGUUUGACAUUGCUGUAGUACUAUUGACUCUUGUUUGUUUUGUUUUAGAUAGUACAAAGGCUUAUACAAGUAUUGUUUAUUUUGUUUUUUAAAACUAAUAAUUAACUAAUAAUCUCAUAUCAUUUUUCAUUAACUAAUGGUUCUUAAAUGAAACAAAUUAGGAGAAUGAAGCAAAAAAUAUUAUAAAAGAUACAGUGUUAUUUCUUCUUGUGUUGAAAGAUAUUCGAUAUGUUUUUUGGUAGGUGUUUUUGCAAGUGCAAAUUAACUUUUUAGUAAAUAUUUACUUUAUUGAUAUUAUGAACUUCAAAAAUAGGCAUAUAAAAAAAUGGAGCACUGUAUAUUUUAUUAAAUAUUUGAAAUUGUGGGUUGAUGGUUGAUUGUAGUGAAUAAUGAAGAGAAGGAUGGUUGGGGUGAUCAGUCAAAAUAUAUAUAUAUAUAUUUUUUUUUAUUGAUAUUUAUAACUGUAUCAAAGAAAUACAUUUAGUAAAUUUGAACAUAUGGAUAUAAUGACGUGAAAACACUUUUUGAGUAACUACCCAAUAGUAGCACUCUAAUGAUAUAUCUACAUUAGGAGAUCACGGGGCCAUCUUCUUUUCAUACGCCUCGGGGGUUAUCAGGAAUUGAAGAGGAAGAAAAAGUUAGAAAUGAGAGGGUUGGGAUGGUUCUGAAGUUUAUUAUGGAAGGAUAGAUAUCUGGAUUAGGAUCCAGAUCUGAAACAUAAGAAACAUUAAGGUCAUAUAAUGGAUGGUUUUAUUUGUAACAAAGUAGGGAGCAUUGAGGAUUUUACGAAGGAUUUUGGAUUGUAAGGAUUGGAUACGAGAGGAAUUUGAUGAUUUGGUGGAGCCCCAUAGCUCAACUCUGUAAGUCCGAAUAGGCCUUAUUAUAGUCGUGUAUAUGAGUCUGUUGUAAUUAAUUGGAAGUUUAGAGCGUUUGUCUAGUAAGUGCUGAAGUAAUCGGAAACGUUAAGCGGUUUCUCGUCGUUUCAGUCUAGUAUGAAAAUAAAAAAGGCAAAAAUAAAUAAAUAUUUAUUUUUGCCAUUUUUAUUUUGACUGAUCACCCCAAACAUCUUUCUCUUGAUUAAAUAUUUUAAAGUUGGAUGAGUAUCAAUCCAAUUGAUGUUUAUCUUUUGUGUCUGUCCCUAUUUCAUAUCAUCUUUCUUGAUUAUUUAGCUCUUUUUUGUCACAUUUGUUCUUAUUUCCACCAAUUCAGUACUUUUUAAUUUAGUGCUGUUUUAAGUUUUUUUCCAAUUUUGGUGGUUGAAUUAAUGGAAUUUUUGUUGCAAUUAUUUAUUACUCCAGUUGCAAUACCUUGGUUGGCCAUAUAAAAAUUUAAAUGUUUGUUUUCAACUCUGUUCCCAAAAUAGUUGACAUUAAUGUAAUUUAUUUGGAAUUAAUGUAUUGUUGCAACAAAUUUCUAUAUAUAUUCAGUUUUCAAAUAUAUACAUAUAUCAAUAUACUUAAAAUAAAACAUGGGAAGAUUGAAAAACACACGUAUUGAUCUUUUGAUGUUGGGUUGGUCUUGGGGCCAUAUCAUAUAUGCCUCUGGACAUUUAGACAUGGAUGAUGAUUUAUGCGAAGAGAUGGAUGGCCGACUGGACAUUCGAGAGGAGCGGCUUGAGGUGAGGCUGGAGAAGACCCAGGCAGGACUUGGUCUUUCGAUCGCGGGCGGCCUAGGUUCAACACCGUUCAAAGGAGAUGAUGAAGGCAUCUUUGUCUCUAAGGUGACAGAAGGAGGACCAGCUGACAAAGUUGAUUUGAGGGUUGGUGAUAAAAUAAUUUCUGUCAACGGUCAUUCAAUGACCGGCAUCGGCCACCAUGAAGCAGUCAAUGUUCUGAGAACUAUUGGCCCUGUACUGCACAUAGUCAUUGACAGGGAAACAGCUAAACUGAGGCCGAUAAAGAGUCCGUCUCCCCUUCACGAUAGGACAGCUACUGAUUCUCCCUCGUCGACACUCAGUCGCCCUUCCAGUUCUAUAUCCAACAGAGACUCGAGCAUAGGAUUGAAUGGUCCUACCAUCGAAUCAAAGAUAAAUGGAAUUGAUGUGGACGGAGCACGUCAUGACCAAGCAGUUACGAUGUUAACUUGCCUAGAACGGUUUGUCCGUCUUGUGGCAGAAAGGGAAGUCUUUGUUCCGAAGGGCACUUUAUCUCCUGCGACAAGCUCGCCCAAGCUGUUAGUUGGUGGACCAAAACCUUAUACCAGCAUCUAUAAUACUAGUAAUAGGCAUAGUGGACCACCAUUGGUAACAACUGGAUCGCCGCAAGCUUCUGUUAACAGGACAGUAUCGCCACAAGCCCCUGUUAACAGGACAGUAACGCCACAAGCCCCUGUUAACAGAACAGCAUCGCCACCAGUUCCGAGGCCAGCUCCUAGAAGAACGAACAGCCAGACUUCGGACAACCCACCUGCAACCAGUCCUACUGAGGAACGGAGCAGUGCUGGCAGUGGGCUGCCUCCUCGCAACCGCCCGAUGACCAAUGAGGACUUCCAAGCCCUCAUCCCAGCCAAGUUUCUCAAUCGUGGAGGAGGAUCGGGAAGCGAAGAUGGUUCGGAAGGUUCCAGCAAUGCUACACACGUCAAGCUUACUAUCAAAAAUCCUGACCCUGCUAUCGCUAAUGGAAUCCAGUUCCCUGAAGACCCCAAGGGUCUUGGCAAAGUCACCGAGACUAUCACUAAAAGUACGUUCACCGAGACAGUUGUCACUAGGGUGACCGACAACAAACUUGCAGAAUCUUAUAUCAUUGAGGACGUGACCCUCGUGAAAGAUGGUGGCUCCCUUGGAUUCAGUAUUAUUGGUGGGACUGAUCACUCGUGUAUCCCGUUCGGCGGUGACAAGCCUGGAAUAUUUAUUUCGCAUAUCGUCGCUGGUGGCAUAGCAGCAGCCAGUGGUAAAUUGCGUAUGGGUGAUAGGUUGCUGGAGGUAAACGGAGAAGACCUGACUAAGUGUCGGCAUGAUGAAGCUGUCCUAUCAAUAAUUCGGGAAGAGGGUGAAAAAUUAGGUAUGCACAUUAAAGGUGGUUUGAGAGGUCAUAGAGGAAAUCCUUUGGACAAGUCUGACGAGGGAGUAUUUAUAUCUAAGAUCAACUCUGGAGGGGCUGCGAAGAGAGAUGGCAGGCUCAGGGUUGGGAUGAGAUUGCUGGAAGUAAAUGGCGUCUCACUUCUUGGUAAAACUCACCAAGAUGCUGUUAAUACUUUGAGAACUGCUGGCAUGAGGAUCAAUCUUAUUGUUUGUAAAGGAUAUGACAAAGCAGAAGUUGAGAGAUUGAUGUCUGAAGGCAUUUUAUCUAAAGAGACUAAGUCUGCUUCUCACAGUGUAUCGAGCUUAGAUAGGGAAGAAGAAAAUUCUGAUUCAUUACGCCAGGAAGAAGAAAUGAGAGAUGUUUUUGAACCAGAAAAGGAAGAAAUCAAGAAACCUGUAGCGAAAGAAGUAACAUCAACAGAAUUGGUGCCACAAACGCAAUCGUCUGAUCUACAAGUCGAAGAACACAAGAGUAAAUCUACUCCUGAGAAAGUGAUGGAUGUUGUACGCGCUGCUGAAAUUUUGGCUCUGAAUGAUACUCCAGCCUCUCCAACAGCCAAACCAAAGUCUCCCAAACCUGAGAGUGUCAAAACUACGACAAUUGUCAUGAGUAAACACACUCUUGCCCCUCAGCCCACCGAUCAGUUGGAACCGUCCGCUGACUUGAAACCACAACAUGAUGUGGAAAAGGAUAAAAAUAAUGAACCAAAUAGUACGAAGUCUCUACCGCUAAGGUCAACGAAAGUUACCAACUUGAGACCUCUGUCGGAAGUCCUAUCCUCGGAUUACCAACCGAUUUAUAAAAGUACAUUGUCAAGCAAUGAUAUUAAAGGGGAGGAAAGGCCUAGCUCUUCCUCUUCUACAUUACAAAGACGGACAACUACUCCUGAAGAUAACGUUGUGUCGGCUCAACCAUAUUCUAAGUCAAAAGAAACAAAAAAAGAGAACAGAUUUUCAUACCCACGAUUUCAUAGCAAGCAAGAUGCCACUGAUGAAAGGUACAGAGAACAUAGCUUCAUUGCCACUGGAGAAGUUCCAUAUAAUAAAGAAAUGUCAAAAUCUUUCCAUGAAAAGUUAUUUGAUAAUACAAAACUCAAAUCAAAUUUAAAAAUUGUUAAAGAUCCAGAUAACAAUUAUGCAUUUGAAGAUAGCAGUUCUUCUGUUACCAAUGAAGAAGCAAGAAUAAUAAAAAAUAAAAACAGUUAUCAUAAAGAAAUAUAUCGGGAAAAACCUGGAAUAAAACUGGUACCUUUUAAUAAUAAUAACAAUGAAACCAAAUAUGAAAUGUACACUGAGUCUUGUGAAAAUCUUAAUGAAGAGAGUAUAUUGUUGCACAAGGAAAAUUCUUUAAGACCUUCUAAUAAUUAUGAUGAAAGUUAUUUUAGAAGCCUUCCUACAAAUUUUUCCUACCAUACUCCUUAUAAUCGAAAUGCUUUUUCCUUGGAUGAAACUAGUAGUAACAUAAAGAAUGAAAAGCAGACAUUUAAAGAAGAUAAGCGUCAUUCUAGUUCUUUUGAAGAACAAUCUUACAAAAAUUCAUCAGAAAGGAUGAACGAAUCUUUGUUGUCACCAGAAGAAUGGGAAUUGAUAAGAAAAUUUAGAGCGAAAGGAAAAGGAAGCGAAGAAGAUUUAUUAUCAGAAAAAGACGAUGACUCUAUUAGAUCAACCAGAAGUUUAGACAGAGCAGCAUUGAGGCGAAAACCUCCCAAGAGUGUGAGGUUUCAAGAUGUUGAGAAGGAUUUACAUCAAACAAAAUCUAUAUUAAGAACAUCUCUUACAGAAAUUCCUUCCCCCUCAAAGGUAGAAGUGACAACCAUUCCAGCACCAACCGUCCAAACCAAUCCAACAAUUUCUUGUAAUGUUAACAUUCCCCUUCAUCUUGUUUCAAGUAUGGCUGACCCUGGUGGCGAUCGAAGGCAUUACUUUCAAUAUCCUCCAGCCCUCCCUCUCAAUGCCAACAAUCCUUUCUUACAAUCAAUGUCUCUACCACCUUUCUAUCCUCAACCAGUAUAUGGCGAUCAUUUUAGAAUUCAUUCACCCUCUUAUCUCCCAGUUGACAAUUCUUCUGCUGCCAGUUCUUUAUCGACAGAAGGAAUUCAAUCGCCAGUUGUCGUGGAUGAAGGAUCCAUUCCACAUGCACCUCCUAUAAAAUCUUUUGAAGAGAUAUGCAAAGAGUAUUUAAACAGAAGUUCAAACCUUCUUUCCACAGAUAACAGGAGUACUGUCAUCGAACAAAAGCCUGAAAUAAACGCUAAUUUUAGCCCUACAGAUAACAACAGAAACAGGUACUAUGACUGCGAUCUAAAAAGUGUCCAACUUAUUAAAACUGAAAUGAAGAAAAAAGGAGAGGAAGAUAAAAGAGUAAGGAUAGAUACAGUACCUGAACCUGAAGCGGCUGUUGUCGAGCUUCAAAGAGACUCUUCUGAAUAUAGUGAUUCUCCGCCUCCUAUAAACUAUGCCACACAUCCCGAGGCAUAUCGUCGGAAACCUUCUUGGGAACGUAUUUUCGAAUCUACUCCAGCACUUUGAAUUAACAAUUUAUCUUGUCCUUUCCAUUUGUUUAUAGUUUUAUAUAGUUAGUUUUUUUAGAAAUCAUGUACGUAUAAUCAGAGAACAAGCCCAAAAAGACCAGUGUUUUUGUGAAUUUUUAAUGUUAGGUACGAUUGUAAUUUUACUGAAUGUUCAAAAAAGACUUCCAAAAUUAAAUUUGUUAUUGUUUGAAUUAAUGAAUUUUAAAACCAAAAAAAAAUUGUAAUUGUUUGUAUUCCGCCUUUAGGCGACCACUAAUAAUACCAAUGAAGUGAAACCUGAACCAAAAGCUUCUGUUAGUGAUAAGAAAAAAUUUUUUGAAAAAGCAAUGGAAGAGCAUAAUCAACCUUCGCCUAAACCAGAACGAGUUUUCACUUUCCUCAAUGCUGAUGAGGUUGAAAAGUUGAAACAAGAAGAAGAAAAGAAAAUAGCAUCCCUCUCAAGAACAGAGCUCAAAGCUUUAUCAAGGUUGGAGGAAGAUGGCGAUCAGGAUGAACCUGAAGUAAUUCAAGUGGAGACUGUAAAAUCAACAACAACAUCACCUGGAAUCAGAAAUAUCGAUGGACUGUUAAGUAUGGGAAGUAUACGCACGGCAAAGGCUGAAAGAAGAAUGAAGGAAAGAUUAAUACAAGAGGGCCUUUUGAGUGACGAUGACGAGAAAGAUUUGUCACCAGCAGAACAAAGGGCUCGUAAAGCAGAAAAAAGAGCGGCCUGGAGACAAGCAAGGCUCAAGUCACUAGAGCAGGACGCCCUGCAGGCCCAGAUGGUGAUUAAGAAAAUGAGCGAGAUGAUCGACAGUAAGAACGUAGGGCUUGAAGAUGACGGAGAUGCCACCAUCAUUAAUAACAAUCAGGCUAUUAUGGACCAUGAGAAUAAUCUCACCCCUGAGGUCGAGACUAGAAAGGAGAAAAUAAUUUCCCUGGAGCUGUCUGCACCAGAUGCAGAGGUUGAGUGCGAUCCUGAUGAACCCACUUCUCCAACGACACCGACGUCUGAUGGAGCCACCUCUACAUCUUCUAGGAAGAAAAAAAGAAAAAAAUCUAAAAGAGGAAAGCAUUAGUACUUUUGGCUUAAGAGCCGAUUGGACAAAAAUAAUUUUAUUUUUAUACAGUUCAAUAUUUACGUCCUUACUGUCCUAUAGCCUACCUUGAACCAUAUAAAUUUGAACUUACACCGUAUGUGACACUUGGUUACUGAGGUAAUUUUACGACAAAGGUAUUAUUGGUCAGUAUGUAAGAAAUCAAUUAUAAAUAUGAUGAAAUUUAAUUUAUACCUUAUACAUAUUAUAUAAAUAUAACAAUGUAUGUAUAUAUAGAGAGAAAGAGUAUGAUAUAAAUAAUUAGAUAUAAGAUCAAUGUUGUGAGAUCAUUUCUUUUCUUUUUUUUCUGUGAAGUAUGCAGAUGUUUGUAUAUAAGUCACCCGUGAAGUACUUACUUGAUGUGGAGAGUUGAGUAUCAGUCACAUUAUCUGCAAAAAGUGCCCAGUUACUGUUGUUUGAACUAUUUGCGGUAAAAUGUUCCUCCACUCUUGUUUAGUACCUUCUUUUAUUUCAUCUUUAAAUUGAAAAUUUGAAGUGUUUAUUAUUUUAUUUUAUUUUUUUGUUCUGAGAAAAAGCGUUUGUCAUAAAAUAGAAUUUUAAAAAGAAAAAAAAAGCUCAGAAAUUUUUUAUAUUUUUGACUAACUUUUUUAACUUUUUCAACUGAAUAUUUAUACAUAUUCAAUGCUGAGAAGAAUAUUUUUUUUAUUAAUGUAAAUUAAACCUAUCAAUAGGGAAUAAUGUUAAACUUUCAUGUGCAUUCCUGUUUUAUUAUUUUGAUAAUUUAUUUGUAUUGUUUGUACAUUUAUUUGUGUCUUGAAAUUUUUUAAAUAAGAAUACCAGAAUGUAUGUUGAGAAAUCUUAGUUUAGGAAUUAUCUGGUCUAUCUUGGUGCUGAUAUAUUUUUUUUUUUUUGUUUAUAUUCUUGGAAAAAAUUUCAACUUUGUUUUUAUUUAUUGAUUUGUCACAGUUUAGACAAUUGUCUGUUUACAUUUACUUUGUUAUGUUACUAUUUUUGUAUAUGUAUUUAUGCCAAUUUUCAUGUAUUAAUUGUUUAAUUUAUUAUGUAUUACUAUUACCUGUUAUAUAGAUAUAUAUAUAAAAUAUUAUCAAAUUUUCUUUUCUCUAUAACAAUUUCAUAUUCAACAAAUCAUUUGGUAUUUGAUAAGCCACAGUAUU